ACCCAAUAUUUGACUCGAAAAUUAUUUAAAGAACAAAUAUGUAUAACGAAUAAGAGAAAAAGACAAUUUUACGUGUCAACCAUCCACGAAGUAGCUUCUUUAUCAUUCAUAGCGAAGCUCUUUUGUUUUUUUGGUGGAACAGAGCAAAGCUUUCAAUGUCAGCGUGCAUUUUGCAAAGCGGAAAGCCAGAAAAGCAUACUCCAUUGGCGACCCAGAACCUUUCCCACUUCCCACCAUAGUCAGUUAGCCACCGCGGCACCGCCGGCCGGCAACUCUUACUUUCGCAUUAACACUCACCGGGGGGAAAUUGAGCUGAUUCGUCGCUCCAUGGAUUUCAACUUCUGGAACUCCAGAGUCCAUUCCGCAAAGCACUUCUCCCCUGUACAAGCCGCCAAACAAUACUACUCCGGUACUGUACUUUACCCCUUUCUUGACUACUUGGGCGCUUCUUUUCCAUGCUAAAGUUGUCAUCUUUCCGGUUGUUUCUCGAUUUGUUGGGAGAUACUUCCAGUUCUAAUUUGUUUAACCUCUGAAUCUUAGCAUUAGCUGUGUGAUUAGGAACAAUCUAAGAAGCUUUUCAUGUUCCUUUUCCCAGUAUCUGCUUGUUUAGGUAUCUGAUGUCCAGAAGGUUUCCUUCUUGCUUGCGGAUUUCGAGCUAAAUGAUAUUGAUCUUUGUCGAAAUUGAGGAGAUGGGUUUGCGAAAUUUGUUGUCUUUUUUUUUUUUUUGGUUGUCCUCCUGGUAAACUCGGAAAGUUAUGGCUUUUAAGGCAAAAAAUUAAUGCUCCUGGAUUACACUCUGGGAAUCAGAAGGAGAGGCACUACGUGGACAGUCCCAGGCAAAAUCCAGCGUCAGAGUUGAGCCGUUGCACAAUUUAGGUUAGUUCAUAAAUCUCCAUCCUUAAUUUUUUCCAAGUGGUGGUGUUCGAUUAGCAGAACACGAUAAACGUUCACUGGUUUACUUGCCUAGUAUGCCAACAAAUGCCAGAUUUCUACCGGGGGUUUUAUAAGCCGUCGUCAGAUAUUUUAGAGAUGGAAUUAGGGCUAGAGAAAGCAGCAGCUGCCGCAGCAUCUAGCCUGGAGAGCAGAUUUCGAGGCUGUGAUGUUAGGAGCGAUUCUUUUUUGAGGGUGGGGGGUUUCUAAGCCAGGGGAGAAGCAAUUUGCUAUUGCUUGAAGAAUGUCAAGUUAUAGUGUUGUGGUUGAUCAGAGCGGUGAGUAUCAUGGAUUGGAUUCUGAAAGUGAAGAUGAAGACGUGUUAAUUGAGAAGAUGAUGGAGGCACUCAAUAGAUGGGACAUGGGACUGCCUCAUGAGGUCGAUUCCGACAAUUUGGCAAUGCAAUCAGCCACAAACCAGCAGGGGGAUGGCGUUGAUGCCUCGGAUGUGGGUAGUGAGGGUGAUUAUGAUGGGAUGAUACCCCAAUAUGAUAGUUUCCCUGAUGAAGGUGCUUUUUCAGAAGUGCUGUUUUCCCCCUAACUAUGCUUGACCAGAAUGAUUUAAUCUGUUUUCAAAAAUUAGAUGUGAAUUUUGUUUCAAGGUGUGGUUGCUUCAGCUAUAUUCUUGUACCAGAAAUGGUCCACCGAAAUGGAAGCUUGCUUCCUCUUUAUUGAUUUACUGGAACUGUUUCUGGAUCUGAUUGGAAAGGGUCCGAUUAAAGGUAGUUUGUGUGGAUUGUAUGAUGGAAUGGUAAAUGCUUUGAUUGCGAGGUCCGCUAAUAUAUGAGCGAUUUCAUGACUCCUUGCUGCUAAAUGUGUGUAGAGUUUUUUUUUUCUGAUUCUGUUUCUGCUAUUCGGCUCAUAGAAUUAUGGUUGCUCAUCUUUAGUUUACAUGUCAAGUUGUCUGUGCUCAUCUCUUUGAGUCUUUGUGCCUUUGAGGGCAAUUGUGAGGUUGUUCUUGUUACUUGUAAUUCAUAUGCCCUGCAACCUUUUGCUCUCUAGGUUGAAUCAUGUCCUAACCUUUGGCUGCCUUCUUUUUCCUCUAAUAUCAACAGAUAAUCAUCUGGGACUGGAUGAAUCCGAAGGGGAAGAGGAUGCCAAAGCUUUCUUUCCGUGCCCUUUUUGCUAUGUGGAUAUUGACAUUCAUGUCCUGUGCACCCAUCUCCAGGAUGAGCACUGCUUCAAUCUGCGAAAUGCUGUACGUGCUUCUUUUUCUAUUGUAUUAUUAUAUACUUCAGUACUUUGUUUAUUGUAGCUCUCAGUGUACGUGCGUGCGUGCAUGCAUUUGUAUGGUGUAAUUUAGUCGUAACGUCUGUAAUUCUGAUACGUGGCAUUGGACAUUUUAAUUCUUUCGCUUCAGGUAUUUAAGUUAGCACCAUCGUUAUUUAUUACAUGUUCUUUUUAUGGAUUGAUUCUUCCAUGUUAGGGAUGACCCCUGUCCGUGAGCACGUCAAUCUUUCAGAUUGUGCAUAUGAGCGUGAUCCUUUCUGUUUGGUCAUCUGAACAAAGUGGAUUUGCAAAUGCUAGUACAGCUAGGUUUUGCUAUAAUAAGAUUGUGAUUUGAAUAUAAAAAAGGGGGGAUUUGGCCAAAUUGGUAGACGCUACGGACUUAGUUGGAUCAACUGAUUGAAAGGACCAAGUAUUUAACAUAUGUAGCAGUCACUGCUCAUAGCUUGUGCGAUGAAUAAACAAGUGGUGGACAUGAUUGAAUGCUCUAUAACUUAACUUUUCUGUACUCUAGGUGGGAAGGAUAUAGUUAUGCAAUUAGGGAUGCUCGUUAACCUUUUCCUCCCUUAGUUUGCUUCCUUCUAGAGGGUUGAAAAUAAAUACAGUGGUUCAUC